CCUUUUGCUUCCUCUCCACGCACACCGUGCCCGUAUCUACACUUCCUCCAGAAGCCUCUUCGUGCCCUUUUGCUUCCUCUCCACGCACACCGUGCCUGUAUAUAUACACACAUCUCUGUGAUCUCAAUUCAAGACGAACAUUUUUCUUCUCUAAGCUUUCGAUCAACGCAGAGACAUGGAGAGCCCCUUCUUCUACUCGAUCGACCCAUUGUGCGCCGCGGGCCGCCGGUCCCGGCACAUCGAGAACCCCUUCUUCUACUCCGCUGACCCAUGGAGCGCCGCCGGAGUCCCGCGGUCCCGGCACAUCGAGAGCCCCUCCUUCUACUCCGCUGACCCAUGGAGCACCGCCGGAGUCCCGCGGUCCCGGCACAUCGAGAGCCCCUCCUUCUACUCCGCUGACCCAUGGAGCGCCGCCGGCGGCCCGCGGUUCCGGCACAUCGAGAGCCCCUUCUUCUACUCCGCCGACCCAUGGAGCGCCGCCGGCCGCCGCCACCACCCACACUGCCCCGCGCCCGUGUUCACUGCGAAACCUCGCGUCGUCUACAUGCCCGACCACUUCGAUGGGUCGGACGAGGUUCCCGCCGUCACGAAGCCCGCGAGGGCGCCGCCGUCUGAGGCGGUUCGGUCGUCAGCGGCUGUUGCCAUUCAGAGGAUCUUUAGAGGCCACAUGGUGCGGAAGAACGUGAGAGUCGUCUCCCGGAUCGCGACGGAGGUGGAAGAGAUCGAGCGGAGGGUUUGCUCGGAGAUGGAGCGGCUGAGGGUGGAUCCCAAGGAGCUGCUGCUGGUGGGCGAGAUGCUGAUGGCGCUGCUCCUCCGUCUGGACUCUGUCCGCGGGGUAAGGGAGUACCGGAAGAAGACGAUCCGGAGGGUGAUCGCGCUCCAGGAGGCCCUGGAUUCGAUCUCGGCCCAGACCCUUGAAUCGUCGGAUCCCAUUGAUUCUGAACCACCGAUUUCGGCGGAGAUGCAGCCAGAUAACCGUGAAGAGGUGGAGGGGACGCCUCAGGAGGACGAUUCCGAUGGCGCCAACACCGAAGAAGCCUCGGCUCAAGAAUGUCAAGAUCCGGACUCCAAUGCCGCCCAUGAAUCUGCCUCUCAAGCUAGCCAAGAUCCAGAACCGGAAGCAAAGGAUGAAGGCUUCGUGUUGGUAACAGUGGAGGAAGCUACCGGCACUCCUCUGUCGAAGGCCAACUGGGGAGCAAAAUGCGUAGACGGCGAUGUCGUUACGGACAAAGCAGCACUUUCUGAUUCAAUGGAGCAAGAGAAGAGGGAACCAACGACGGCCCCGGCAGAGGAAGCACCCGAGAUAUCGACUGCAGGAUGGCACAUGACCGAGGAUUCGGUGCAGGCAAUGGCGGAACCAAGAAAGGAUUCGAAGGACGCCUCGGGGAUGGGGGAGGCGGCGAAGAAGGUGAUGGCGGAGAGCGAGAGGCUGCAAGGGUUGGUGGCGGCGUUGUUUGAGCGGAGUUCGCAGCAGUGCAGGCUGAUGGCAGGGCUGGUGGAGAGGGUGGAACAAUUGGAGAGUGCGGUGCACAGAAUGGAUAAGAAGAAGGCGAAGAUGAUGCGUGCAAACUGCCAUCCUCCUUCGCCGGUCGACAAGAAAGGUAACCAAACGAGGCAAUGAUUCCACCGUUUCUUUGGCUUAAGAACAAGUUCGUGGUGAAGCCCGGAAGAAGACCACCGGAACAAUGGCUCCCAACCAUGGGAAUGUUAGAUUGAUCAGGUUGCGCCAAAUUUACAGUGCAUCAAGAUUGUAAUACCCGUGAUGUUCUCAAAAUGGAGCUAUCUCAACAAAUAAAAACAGAAGUCAAUUACCAGAAGGAUUUGAGAGUGUUUAUUAAAUAGGAAUAGAAAUAGUUGUAUUUAAUAAUCCAGAAGAUGAACAAUCAUAUGCUUCUAUUAUAUGUCCGAUUUGAUGUUUGAA